AUGCCUUCAGUUGCUGGGGAUUACUCUGGUGUUAGUUCGUAUUCUUGUCUUAUAUCUGCCAAGAUUUUUGGUUUUAAGAUUAGCAUUUUUAGUUUACAGGAAGAUGAAAACAGCAUGUUAUUCUUCAACUUAUUUUUCGACUCUGCUAGAGGCCCUGGUGGUCGCAUGUCCGGGAGAAGAGAGACUACUGAGGAUGGGAAGGAACUGGUAUUUGAUCAUGGUGCUCCUUACUUCACGGCUACUAAUGCUGACGUGCAUCGUGUUGUUGCAGAUUGGGAAGCAAGGGGUUUUGUUGCUGAAUGGAAAGAGAGUUUCGGAUCUUUUAAUUUUAUCUCCAGAACAUUUUCAGACUAUGAAAAGGAUGGAUCAUGCAAGAAAUUUGUCGGCACCCCAAAAAUGAAUUCUAUUUGUAGAGCUUUAGUCUCUGAGCCAGGAGUGGAAACUAAAUUUGGGGUAGGUGUUGGGCGAUUAGAAUGGUUGGAAGACGAGGGCUCCUGGUCCUUGAAUGGAAUGGAUGGACAAAAUCUUGGACACUUUAAGGGAGUGAUAGCAUCUGAUAAAAAUGUUUUCUCUCCGAGGUUUACAGACUUAACAGGACGACCACCUCCUCUUGGGGUGCUGCUUUUCCGGCUGCAAGCAUUUCAGAAGAAGGCGAUCAAGCUCAUCAUUGUUUUUAGAGUUCUGUUUGAGUUGGUUAGCGAUCCAAAGAUUGUAUAUCACUCAGGAUUGACACCAAAAAAGUUACCGGAAAUGGUGGAGAAUAAUCCUUUAAUUGCUGUUGAAGUCCUGACCAAGAUGAUUCAUUCAACUGAGAUUUCAGAGUACUUCACAGUUCUCGUUAACAUGGACAUGAGUCUUCAUUCAAUGGAAGUUGUCAACCGACUUACUACAGCUGUUGACCUCCCAACUGAAUUUGUACACAUGUACAUAACUAAUUGCAUAUCAUCCUGUGAGAACAUUAAGAGGCUGGCGAUAUGCGGGGAUUUCUGUGUCAGUCCUAAUGUAGAAGGCGCAAUCUUAAGCGGCCUGGCUGCAGCAUCAAAGUUCAAUGAUAUCUUCAGCUCCUUGUGAUCAUACUGCCAGCUUACCUCUUUAGAAUUCAAACAUGAUCAUCUUUUGGUACCUAAUUUGAGACUGCUUGAGCUUCACCA